AUGUCUUUUCUUUUCAAAUCGAAGACAAAGACCCCGCAUGAGUUGGUGAAAAAUGUCAGAGAGGCGAUAAAUAAAUUGGAUGGCGUGGAAAAGAAAAAGGUUGAUGCUGAACCCGUUCCUGAAACCGUCGCACAACUGGCUCAAGAGGUUUAUAAUAAUGAUAUACUUCAAUUGUUCGUGUUGAAUAUAUGGCGCUUCGAAUUUGAAGCAAAGAAAGAUGUGUCACAAAUAUUUAAUAAUCUUUUAAGACGACAAAUCGGUUCACUCACACCGACUGUCGAUUAUCUACGGAAUAGAGAAGAAAUUCUGUUCACAUUACUUAAAGGAUAUGAAAAUCAAGAAAUAGCUCUUAAUUGUGGGAUGAUACUGCGAGAAUGUCUACGACACGAAUCGUUGACCAAAAUCAUUUUGUAUUCUCCGCAGUUUUAUGAUUUCUUUGAAUAUGUCGAAGUUGGCACAUUUGAUAUCGCAGCUGAUGCUUUUGCUACUUUCAAGGACAUAUUAACACGACAUAAAACACUGGUCGCAGAAUUUCUAGAUAAGAAUUAUGAUAAGUUUUUUGAACAUUAUACCAAACUUUUAAAUUCUGGAAAUUACGUCACAAAGAGGCAAUCUUUAAAAUUACUUGGUGAAAUUCUUCUUGAUCGAUGUAACUUUAAUAUCAUGACGCGUUACAUUGCGAAUCCUGAUAACUUGAAAUUAAUGAUGAAUCUACUCAAGGACAAAAGUCGUAAUAUACAAUUUGAAGCUUUUCACGUGUUUAAGAUUUUUGUCGCAAAUCCGAAAAAAAAUAAGCCAAUUCUGGAUAUUUUGCAAAAGAAUCGCGAGAAAUUGAUUGCUUUUUUGAGUAAUUUUCAUAAUGACCGACAUGAUGACGAACAAUUCAAUGAUGAGAAAUCGUUUUUGCUGAAACAAAUUUCAGAAUUAGAACCUUCAGAGUCGAAUUAA